AUGUCUUUCCGUGCGGAGAAAAACGCACAUAAAUCUACAGCAACUAGCCCUGGGCGUUCUGCCUCUAUGCCGGACGACGCACUCCCUCCUUCCUACAUUUCGCAGAGUGGAGGAAGCGGGGCGGCUGCCGCGGCACCCGCCGGCGGGAGCCAUCGCGACGAAAAGAGGGGACCUCCCGACUCAUACGACGGUCGAAGGACCAACGGGAACGACUACGCUCAGGCUACCCAAGGACCCACUAGUUCAUCGCAGUACGCACCUGGGGGAAGUGCUUCUUAUCACACACCCGCGGCACCUGUUGCUCGAAACCCCUUUACCACUCAGGAUGAGUGUGUUCGGCAGUCUCUUUCCAGACCGCCCGCUCCAGGCCCCUCCUACGCCUCAUUCGAGCCGAUGUUCUUGCUGGUUGAGGGUAAGAACUUAAACAAGGGCUUUCCUCACACCCCACCUCCGUCCGACUCACACCCCCAUCCUUUUGCCUCUCACGAUGUCAACAAGCCCGAUUGGGUUGGCUUCUUGACCGAGGCGAAAGCGGCCGGGUCUCUGACAGAAAAAGACAUCAAGCAUUCGAAAAUACCAGUCAUUAGUUGGGUUCCGUUCGUUAAUCGAGCGAGCGCUCACGGCGUUCAGCAAUUCAUGAAGAGUCACAAAGGGCAGGCGGUCAUGCAAGUUUUCCAAAAGUGGAACCAUCAUUUCUUUGAACCAAGGAAGAUGCAAGUCAUUCUCAUGAAGGGACACGCCAGAGUUCCCGCGGGCAAGGAAAGACCUAGCUCAUUCGACCCUCUUCCUCCCCGGGCCUACGCUUCAAUCCCUGACGAAAGCGACUGCAGAUUCCGUCUUUUUGUGGUGUCACUCUAG